UUCAUUUUUGCUUAAUGACCUCAAUUUAUUGGCCGCAAUGAGCAAGAGCUGUGACACCUGUCUUGUCGUUGUUCUUCUUACAUUCAAUGUUAUCCUUUUGUUUAUAGGCGCAUCCAUCCUUGGGUUUUCUAUAUUUUGUUAUUUACACACAACUGUGCAAAGUGCUAUAUCAAGAUCUGGCUACUCUGAUCUUAUGCAAAAUUUGUUAUAUUCAUUAACCGGAGUCGGAUCUUUAACAAUAAUCGUUGCUCUUUUUGGAUGUUGCGGUGCAUAUCAUGAAUCAUCAUGUCUUCUUGGGACUUAUCUAAUUUGCCUUGGAAUAGUCUUUAGCGUAGAAGUUGCUGUUGCAAUUCUUGGAAUGGUUUUCCGCACCGAUACCGAAAAUCGAAUUAUCUUGGCCGUGGAUAAGGUCAUACACAGUUUCUAUUCUGAUUCAAAACUUGAUGAGAAUUCUCCCGAUUCUACCCACCGGAGUAUAAUUCAAAAAUGGUUCCUCACGCUCCUACCCCAGCGUCUUGCCUCAAUUAUUCGCCCGUUUAAAGUUAUGAUGCUCGACUUUUCAGGCCCCAGGAAGACCCCCUUACUAAAGAAUCAUAACCAAUACUGUUCCAGCUUACCUGACCAUCCCUUCCUUAAGAUUAAGUUCAUUGCUCAUCUCUCUGCUCGUCGUUUCCAUCGAUUCGAGUUCUGCAUAAGGUAA